AUGCCGCUCUCCCGUUCAUCCGAUCCCUUGGUCUGGAUCGACUGCGAGAUGACCGGCCUGGACCCCGAGACGGACCAGAUCCUCCAGAUCUGCUGCUUCAUCACCGACGCCCAGCUGCAGCUGCUGGAGCCGAACGGCUUCGAGGCCGUGGUGCACCAGCCCGACUCCACCCUGGACACGAUGUCGCCCUGGUGCAUCGACGUCCACGGCCGCACCGGCCUGACCGCCGCCGUGCGCGCGUCGACGACCAGCGCGAGUGCCGCCGCCGACUCGCUCCUUGCCUACAUCCAGCGCCAUGUCCCCGCCGCCCGCACCGCGCUGCUCGCUGGCAACAGCGUCCAUGCCGACAAGGCCUUCCUGGUGCGCGGGCCCUACGCUCGCGUCAUGGAGCACCUACACUACCGCAUUCUCGACGUGAGCGCCAUAAAGGAGGCUGCACGCCGAUGGGGCAGCGACGAGCUGCUGAAACAGGCCCCGCCCAAGCGCGAGGUGCACCUGGCCCGCGACGAUAUCCUCGAGAGCAUUGCGGAGAUGAAGUUCUACCGGGACCAGCUCUUUUCAUAG